AUGGACCAGGGUUCUGACAACCAAACAACCAAUAGUGUUAAAGACAAUGCCAAGUGUUUUAAAGGUUCUUCUAAAGUAAAAUCGAAAUAUCGGUCCAAUCGCGGUGAGUCUUCGAAUAGUAGCAAAUGUCAAGUGAAGCCGGGUGAAAGUAAAUGUAAAGGUGAUAGGAAAAUUAAUGCGAACAGUAAACGAAAAAGUGAUACCAAAACUGAUAUUGACAAAAAACUUAGUAAAGGUAACCGUAAAAGUGGCAAUAAGUGUAAGAAAGAUGAUCAGUGCAGUGGAUUAUCAUUUCAAAGUGUUAGUAACAAGUGUAAUAAAACCAGUGAAAAUAAAGAUAAGAAGGAUAGUAAAGAAAUAUGUACGAGUGCUGACAAAAUACAAGUAACUAGUAAAACUAAAGAUAGCGAAAAUUAUAAAAGUGUCACCAAAAAUCGAAAGUUUUCACCGAAAAGGAAUAUUGAAAAAAAUAAAUAUAAAAAUAAAAACAAAAGCUCAACUUUCGAUCGACUUCUAAAAAGUUACAAACAAAAAGUUAAUAAUAUGCAAAUUUACAAUCAACGAAAGAAUUAUGUUGACAGUCAAAAUAAUCUACUUAAAGAGGACAUGCCAAAGAAAACCGAAAAAGGAAAGUUCCGUAAAGAUGACAAAAGUAAUUAUGAUCCAAUAAUACAACCCAGUAGAAGUGAUAUAGAAAGGUGUAAAAAUAAUUCUCGUCGAAGUGAACAGUCUCAUAAAAGUUUCAGACACAAGUAUAAUAAAAAAGCUAAUAAAAGUCCUACCAUGAGUUUUGACGAACUACUUAAAAGUUGUACUGAAAAAAUUAAAAGUAAUUAUAGAAAAUUUGAUAAAGAAAUAGAUAAAAGUGACAUUAAUAAUGAAGAGGAGUCGCUUGAUAGUAAUACACAGCCGAGGCAAAGUGUGACACAAACAUGUACAAGUACCGAAAGUAAUCGUUGUAUGACUUUUGAUGAGCUGCUCAAAGUUGUUAAGGAAAAGAGCGACGGUGAUGUGGACGAUGAUCAAAAAAUAACACUAGUAUCUCCAACUAAUGAUAAACAAGAGUUUAAUGUAACAGAUAGUUCGAGUGGAAGUCAAUUUCCGUUUGAUAGGGACAGCGAAACGUUUAAUACUAAUUCUAAUGACACUGAAAAUAAAAUUGAUGAUAUCAAUAAUGAAGGUAGUGAAAUUAUUCAACCAAACGAAAGUGUAAAGGAGUUUAGUGAAACAAACAAUCAGACACAUAGUGAAAAGUCUACAAUAAAGUGUAGUGAAAGUGAUAAGGGACUAGUAAAGAAUAACGGAUUAGACGAUUUGGGUGAUCUAGUUCGUUAUAUUAACGACGAUAUCAAUCUAACGGUCAAGUUAGAUGUGCCCAACGACUUCUCAGAUAUACCAACAACGGAACCAGAUGUUUCAACUAACGAGUUGCAAUCAAAUUUAUAUCUUGUUUCAAAUAGCUUUGACUCGUCAACUUUACCUAUACUAGCAUUC